AUGGCGGAGCUCCCGGCGCGCCUCGAGGCGCUGGAGCGGCGGAUGGAGCGGGCGGAGGCGGCGCUGCGGGAGCUGCCCCUCGCCGCCCUGCAGCUCCACGGGCCGGUGCUGCAGGUCCCGGUGCGGUUCGAGGAUGUGGCAGUGCGGUUCAGCCGGCAGGAGUGGGCAAGCCUGGACGAGGGACAGAAGGAAAUGUACCGGAGCGCUGCGUUUGCGCCGGUUUGGCAGCCCCAGGGAGCUCUCUUGGGGUCCUUUCUCUGCCUCUUUGCCUUUUGCUGCAAUCUCCAGCUCUCAGAUAAUCCUCCCUUUCCCCUGUCCCCUCCGGCAGCGUUUGGAGCAUGGCAGGGAGUCGCAGGACAGGGUAACUCUGCGCUGUCCAAGCCCGAACUGUUACUGCAGCUGGAAAGUGAAGAGCUCAGCACACCGCCAGAAUCAGAGACAGAGGCAGAAGAGAUGUCCCCAGAGCUGGCUGUAGAGCCAGCCCGACAGAACUGCACCAGCGAUGAUGCACUGCUGGAGACAGAGACAAUGGACAGGGGCUGCAGGGAGCCAGAGGAAAGCGGGAAUGUGGCAGAGAAAAGUGAGAACCUGGUGGAGGAAAGCUGGGGCCUAGUGGAGAUAAGAGGGAACGUGAUAAAGGAAAUCUGGGACGUGGCAGAGGAAAACAGGAGCUCAGCAGAGGAAAACAAGAGCCAGGCAGAGGAAAACAGGAGCUCAGCAGAGGAAAACAGGAGCCAGGCAGAGGAAAACAGGAGCCAAGCAGAGGAAAACAGGAGCCAAGCAGAGGAUAACAGGAGCCAAGCAGAGGAUAACAGGAGCCAAGCAGAGGAUAACAGGAGCCAAGCAGAGGAUAACAGGAGCCAAGCAGAGGAUAACAGGAGCCAAGCAGAGGAAAUCAAGAGCCAAGCAGAGGAUAACAAGAGCCAAGCAGAGGAUAACAGGAGCUCAGCAGAGGGUAACAGGAGCCCAGCAAAAGAAAGUGGGAACCCAGCAGAGGAGAGUGAGAACCUGAUGGAGGAAAGCAGUAGCCCAGUGGUCCCAGAGAACUGCAGCACACGUGAGUGCCUGGCAAACUGUGCUGCUGCUGCUGCUGUGGGGGGUCCUGGAGCCCUGCCUGGCUGUUCCUUACCCACCUUCCUCCCUGCUCUUGCCCUCACAGCACCUGUCCCUCUGGAAGCCCCUGCUGUCCCGGCGGAUCUCAGCCAGCCGAGAUCCCCUCCCUGCCCGCUCUCCGUGCACUGCCAGGACGCCGUGGCUCAGAACAGUUCUCCCCCUGCAGCAGGAGAUGCUGAAGCGGGGAUCCCGAUGGAGGUGCCACAGGAGGAGGUUGCUGCAGAGAAUCUGUCAAUGCCCAAAACACCCUCCAAGGGUCAGGAAGAGGACAAGGGUCAGGAAGAGGAGGCCAUGAAAGAUCCAUGGAAUACUGGCCAAGAUCUGGUGGCCGACAUUCCUGAAGAACCAGGAAAGGAGGUGGCACCAGAUGUCCACAAGAUGACAGAACAGGCAGAUCCCAGCCCAGGGGAGCCAGAGAAGGACUCCUGCGUGGGCCGGCCCGUGCCCUGGCAGCGAAAUUCCGCCCGGGAAUUUUACUCCUGCCCCAUCUGCAGGAAAACCUUCCUGCUGAAGAUCAACCUCCUGAUCCACCAGCGUGGCCACACCAACUGGGUGCCCUAUGUCUGCGUCCACUGCGACCGCAAGUUCAUGUCCAAGAAGAAAAUCAGGCGGCACCUGCGCGCCUGGGCGGCCAACGGGACGUGCCAGCCCUCGGAGCUGGAGGUGUGUCCCAGCCAGGUGCCAUUCCCAGCGUCCCAUCCCCAAACCUGGCCAGCUAAUGGCAUGUACCAGGCCUCAAAGCCGGAGGAGUGUCCCAGCAGGACACCGUGCCCAACAUCCCAGCCCCAAACCUGGGCACCCAACGGCACCUGCCAGCCUUUGGAUGCAAAUGGAUGUCCCAGCCAAGGGAUGCCGUGCCCAACAUCCCAGCCCCAAGCCUGGGCACCCAAUGGCCCCUGCCAGCCCUUGGAUGCAAAGGCAUGUCCCAGCCAGGGGCCAUGCCCAUCAUCCCAGUGCCCAACAUCCCAGCCCCAAACCUGGGCAGCCAAUGGCACCUGCCAGGCCUCAAAGCCGGAGGAGUGUCCCAGCCAGAGCCUGUGCCCGUCCUCGCAGCCACAAACCCCGAGCAGGGACUGUGGCACGGUGUGGCAGGAGCCCGGCCCUGCCCGGUGCUCGCUGCCACCUGGAAAAGUGAUGUACACGUGCACCGAGUGCCGGGAGAGCUUCUCCAACCAGGUGUUCCUGACGGUGCACCAGCGCCGGCACUCGGGCCACCACCUCAUCCUGUGUCCCUGCUGCAACCGCAGCUUCACCUGGGUCUCGGACUUCGUCCGGCAGCACUGGAUGCUCAUGGGCGUCCGGCCCCACCAGUGUGGCAUCUGCCAGAAGACCUUCAAGAGGUUCUCCCACCUCAAGGCCCACCAGAGGAUCCACAGGCGGCAGGAGCGGCCGUUCGCCUGCGCCAACCCGGGGCCCGUCGUGGCGGCUCCCGCGGCAGGGGACGGGGUGGGAAGCCAGGCUGUGACCCCCCAGGGAUGGGGCCCUGCUGUGGGACCUUGAGGGGACCUCCCGGAAUGGGAGGCUGCUGUUGGAGCUCAGGGUGUACACACAGGGGUGGGGGAAGCUGCUGCUGAAAUUCGAGGUGACCUCCCACGAUGCUGCUGAUGACUUUGAGGUGACGUCCCGGACACAGGGUGCUGCUGAUGGACUUUAAAUUGAGAUCCCUAGGAUAGGAGGCUGCUGUCUGAUCUUGAGGUGAAGAAUGGGCUGGUGCUGCCGAUGGGCAUUAAGGUGUCCUCUCAGGAAUGGGAUACGUGAUGAACCUUGCUGCUGUUGAACCUUGAAGUGUCCUCCCGAGAACAGGAUGGUGCUACCUAGACUUUGAAAUGACUCCCAGGGAUGCAAUGCUGCUGCUGGAUUUUGAAGUGACCUGGGGACUGGAGGCCGCUGUCAGACCUUCUCCCCUCUAUCCCUGCCCAGAUGAAGGCUGGAACAUGGACAACAUUUUCUGGCUCCCCUGCCCUGGUGUGGGGACGGGGGGCACCUGCCCAGCCCAUGUGAGGGGGCUCCUUGUUCCCGAGCCCUGGUGGGUGGGUGGGAUGCUGGGAGUGGGUCCCUUUUCUGGAGAGUGCCAAUAGAUGCUGUA